CAGUGCUGUCUCCGCAGCUCCACACGGCUGUCCUCCUCCUCCUCUCUGUCCUUAUAUCAUUCCGUCUGCAGACCUUGUAGCAGCUUUUACCUCACAGACAUGUUUCGUUUGGCCACAGUGAUGAGGCAGGUGAGGCCGGUGAGCCGAGCCCUCGCUCCUCACCUGACCAGGUGUUACGCCAAAGACGUCAAGUUUGGCGCCGACGCUCGAGCUCUGAUGCUGCAGGGAGUCGACCUGCUGGCCGACGCUGUGGCCGUCACCAUGGGCCCCAAGGGUCGCACCGUCAUCAUCGAGCAGAGCUGGGGAAGCCCGAAGGUCACCAAGGACGGCGUGACGGUGGCCAAGAGCAUCGACCUCAAGGACAAGUACAAGAACAUCGGCGCCAAGCUGGUGCAGGACGUUGCCAACAACACCAACGAGGAGGCCGGCGACGGCACCACCACGGCCACCGUGCUGGCCCGGGCCAUCGCCAAGGAGGGCUUCGACACCAUCAGCAAGGGAGCCAACCCCGUGGAGAUCCGCCGCGGCGUCAUGAUGGCCGUGGAAACCAUCAUCAAUGAGCUGAAGAAGCUGUCAAAGCCGGUCACCACCCCCGAGGAGAUCGCUCAGGUCGCUACGAUCUCGGCCAACGGAGACGUGGAGAUCGGAACCAUCAUCUCCAACGCCAUGAAGAAAGUCGGACGCAAAGGAGUCAUCACUGUCAAGGACGGGAAGACGCUGCACGAUGAGCUGGAGAUCAUCGAGGGAAUGAAGUUUGACCGUGGAUACAUCUCACCGUAUUUCAUCAACACCGCCAAAGGUCAGAAGUGUGAGUUCCAGGACGCCUACCUGCUGCUCAGCGAGAAGAAGAUCUCCAGCGUCCAGAGCAUCGUUCCAGCUCUGGAGAUCGCCAACCAGCACCGCAAACCGCUGGUCAUCGUGGCCGAAGACGUGGACGGAGAAGCUCUGAGCACUUUGGUCCUCAACAGGCUGAAGGUGGGUCUCCAGGUGGUGGCGGUGAAGGCUCCAGGCUUCGGAGACAACAGGAAGAACCAGCUGAAGGACAUGGCCGUGGCCACCGGAGGCACUGUGUUCGGAGACGAGGCUCUGGGUUUGGCUCUGGAGGACAUUCAGGCUCACGACUUCGGGAAGGUCGGCGAAGUCCAGAUCACGAAGGAUGACACGCUGCUGCUGAGAGGCGGCGGCAGCCCGGCCGAGGUGGAGAAACGGGCCGCGGAGAUCGUGGAGCAGCUGGACAGCACCACCAGCGACUACGAGAAGGAGAAGCUGAACGAGCGUCUGGCCAAGCUGUCUGACGGAGUCGCCGUGCUCAAGGUUGGAGGAACCAGCGACGUGGAGGUGAACGAGAAGAAGGACCGGGUGACGGACGCUCUGAACGCCACCAGAGCCGCCGUGGAGGAAGGCAUCGUCCCCGGAGGAGGCUGCGCUCUGCUGCGCUGCAUCCCGUCGCUGGACGCCCUGAAAACGGCCAACUCGGACCAGAAGAUCGGUGUGGACAUCAUCAGACGGGCGCUGCGUAUUCCUGCCAUGACCAUCGCCAAGAACGCCGGUGUGGAGGGAUCCCUGGUGGUGGAGAAGAUCCUGCAGGGAUCUGCUGAGCUCGGCUACGACGCCAUGCAGGGAGAAUACGUGAACAUGGUGGAGAAGGGCAUCAUCGACCCCACAAAGGUGGUGAGGACGGCGCUGCUGGACGCCGCCGGAGUCGCGUCUCUGCUGUCCACCGCCGAGGCCGUCGUCACGGAGAUACCGAAGGAGGAGAAGGAGAUGCCGGCCGGGAUGGGAGGCAUGGGAGGCAUGGGAGGGAUGGGAGGCGGAAUGGGCUUUUAAACCGUCCCGGCUCUGUACAGACUCAAUGAGGGGAUCCGGAGAGCCUCUCCUCCCUCAGCGACCCGACACCAACCAGCUGGAGCUCCGAGGCUGACGACCGACGGGACUGAGGAGGAGUCCACACCGGAGUCCUCCUCACUCCUCCACCUCCUCAUCAUGUAAAACGCUAACAGGUGAAGAACGAAACGUACGCUGGUCUUAAAGGGUCCUUCUGGUGCGUUUCAGCUGCUGCUCUUGGUGUCGGUGUGGCUGUUUCUGUGGCUCACACUCUGAAUGUCUGAAGCAACAAACGUGUAAAUCAUUCUGCUAAGCGCUCUGCGUCCUGAUCGCUCUGCAGGUUCAUCCCCUGCCUGCUUUCAUGUGCAGCUCAAACUAACUCUGCUGAACAGAUGAAUGAGCUGGACUGUAAUGUGACAUGGAGACAAAGCGGCGGGUGAAUACGCAGCGUGAUCAGGUCGGCGCCAACAUGCAGGUCCGCUGAGCAGAAAUGUUCAGGGGUUCUGUUUCUACUGACGAUAACUCAUCAGGUGUUCUGGUCGGUGUUUUGUGCAUCUCGGUUUUCUUUGGAAAGCAGCAGCUGAAACGAGCCGGAGUUUCCUUUAAGGGCCCAGCAGGGCUUCAGUCGCGUCCUCAUGUUUGUCAUAGUGUUUUUGUUAAUUCUUGUUUUGUUUUUUUUUAUAUAUAUAUAUGCUGUCAUCAGUGAUUUAAUUGAAUUAAAGCAGUUUUCUUACAGACUUUGAGCAUUUUUCUGUUUUCUGACCACAGCUGGACUUUGAGUGCCUAAAGCAGCAGUUUGACAGAUUGAAUACUGUUUACUGAUUGUAUGUGGAGUCCUGCUGGAACUGCCAGCAGCCAGCAGGUGGCGCCACUCUGCUCUUUAUUCCACACAGCCCUGAUGUGUAGACUAUGAUUUACUGUGAUCUUUUUUCUUUUUUUUUUUUGUAAUGUAAUAAAUUCAGUUGUCCAGGUU